AUGACUGAGCAACUAAAAAUUCUACACUGGAAUUGCCAGGGCCUUGGCAAUAAAAAAUUGGAGAUUCUCCAAUUCAUACAACACCACAAAAUUCACAUCAUCCUGCUCAACGAAACCCACCUCAAUCCGAAAAUUGCUUUCAAACUUCCAAAUUAUCACACCUACCGAAACGACCGCGCAACUCUACCAGGUCAGAGGAGCGCUGGAGGCACGGCCAUCCUAGUGCUCAACAGGCUCAUCCACUACGAAACUAUCAUCCCGACCAACUCUAUCGAGAACACCACUGUCCAGAUCCAAAUCAACCACCACGAGACUAGGCUUUCAGCCGUUUACAAAAGACCAGGAACAAUCCUCCAUACGGCAGAUAUCGACCUCCUGCUGGACACCGAGUCUCCGACCAUCAUCGCGGGAGACCUCAACUCCAAACACCCAGCGUGGAACAGCAGAUUGGCCAACCAGGCCGGCCUAGCUCCCAAAAAUCACAUGAAUCACCGUGACUACAUUAUCGUCGCGCCCGACUCUCCGACUCGUAUCCCUGACCAGCAAAACCAACUACCGGACGUUCUGGAUAUUGCAAUUUUAAACAAAAUUCAUCUCACAUACGACAUCGUCAACUUUACCGACGUUCUAUUCUCGGACCACAACCCGGUUAUCCAAACCCUGCAAGGCAAACCUUCGUCUAGCCAACCAGUAACGACGAGAAAAAUAACAAACUGGCCCAGAUUCGCUGUGGAUCUCCACUGCGCCAUCAACAGCCCAAAUCCAGUCAUCAAUUCAAUCGCCGAACUCGACCAAGCGGUCAGCAAUUUCACAACUCUAGUCAAAACAUCCAUGACCAAGAACACCACCGUUCUUGACAGUUAA